AAAUUUAUGUCAGUCUUAGGCAUCUGAAAUCUGAAUAUCGAGGUUAUAAUUUUUAUAAUGUACUUUCAUUAAAAAUAGGCAAUUAAUUAAAGUAUUUUGAGGUGAAGAUAUACUAGUAUCAAUAUUUAUAUAAAAAUGGCUACAAUAUCUUCGGCUCCAAUGCCUGGUAUGCAGCAAAUCGAUCUAUCGAAGCUAAAUAUCCACCAGUUGGCUAAAUUGAAACAGCAAUUAGAUCAAGAGCUUAAUGUUUUUCAAGAUUCUUUACAAACUCUUAAAAUAGCACAACAAAAAUUCGUUGAAUCUGGGGAGAGUGUAGAAAAAAUUACUGCUGCGAAAGGCAAGACAAUUCUGGUUCCUCUCACAGGCUCAAUGUAUGUACCGGGUACUAUAGUGGAUACUGAUAAUGUUAUAAUAGACAUUGGUACUGGGUAUUAUGCACAAAAAGAUAUUGAAGGGGCUAAAGACUACUUCAAGAGGAAGGUACAGUUUGUCACAGAACAAAUGGAGAAGAUUCAGUCAAUGGGUGUGGGCAAGUCAAAAGCGAGAGAAGCUAUUUGUAUGAUGAUGGAAAUGAAAGUUCAGGCACAGUCUCAAGAGAAGAAGGCUUCAACAUCAUAAUAUUAGUUCUCAGUUAUUGCUUAAUCACAUAAACCUUCAUUAAUUUUAGUAUAAGAAUGAUGCCCUAAUUUGUAUUCUAUCAGAAUAGAUGGGAUGUUUGCAUAAUGCUUUCAAUUUUAACAUGAGAUAAAUUACACCAGUGCUGAUAAUUUUUCUGAUGAUAUAAAUAUAUGUAAUAAAAAUUUGAUAACCCCA